GACCUCCGCGUUAUUCACUUGUAGACCGACGAUCUGAUCAUUCGUGGGUGACUAAACAGCCCUGCUCUUUCAUUAGCGAUCGUUCUCACUCGAGAUUCUCUGUUAACAACGAUCAACAUAUACUUUUAUAUUUAUUUUGACUCUCUAAGAAAAUUUUCUUCGACCCAAGAAAUUAAUCUUUAAGAAGAAGAAGAAAUGAAGACAAUCGUGCUAGCCGGAUUUAUCGUGGCGAUUUUUGGCGUUACGUUCGCGCGCGAACUACCGGAUUUCAUUCACGUUUGCAAGAAGAACGAUCCGAACUUGGCCGAUUGCAUAAAGGCAAGUGUGAAUAACCUUAAACCCAAAUUGAAAACUGGAAUACCAGAUUAUAAAAUACCAUCUUUGGAGCCAUUGGAAUUGAAAGAAUUGGUAGCCACGACAGGAGGGAACAUCAAAUUGAUGCUGAAGGAUGUCAUCGUUCAUGGCGCCAGUAACUUCACGUUAUUGAGGUUGAAAGCCAGCUUGGAUACCCUAAGCUUCGUAGCCGAGCUAGACAUUCCAAAUCUUUCCAUCGAAGGGAAUUACGACGUGGAUGGACGAAUAAUCCUUCUUCAGAUUCGAGGAAGUGGGCCGAUGACUGGCGACUUUACAAAUUGCAAGGCGUUGGUGAAGAUGCAGAUGCAGAUGUCGAACAGAAACAACGGUGAAAAUUAUCUGAAACUGACCGAUCUUAAAACCAGAAUCUCGGUAGGAGGUGGCAAACUGAAACUGCAAAAUCUGUUCGGCGGUGAUCCAGUUCUUGGCGAAGCUGUCAACACUGCGAUCAACAGCAACUUCGACUCAUUUCUCAAAGAAAUAAAGCCGUCUAUCGAGAGCGCAAUCUCCAACACGUUCACAGAUAUUGCAAACAGUAUCCUGCAACAGUUUACUUACGAGAUGCUUUUCCCAGAAUCGUAAAAAACGUACCAAAAAAUAUCGUAAAUCAGUGAUCGAGCACCGACGACAGUGAGAUGAUCUAUGUCAUUUUAAAAGAAAUUCAUUGAAGUAUGUUAGUAAACGACGAGGAGGAUUUCUUAGUAUUCUUAAAUCUGGAAUUAUGAUUUUGCACUCGGAUUACGUUGACGAGAUUGGACGAGAUUAUUGUACUUAUUUGUUCGAAAGAUGGAAAAAUGCGAGUGUCGGGUACAUUACGGAUUUUUAUGCAUUUUAUGGGAAAUUGAGAAAUGUAAAAAUAUGCAUAGAAUACAUGUAAUACGGCAAAUAUAUGAAAUAUCCAAAUAGUAUAUGUAUAUAAGUAGUUUGUAACAAACAAAUUUCUGCAUAAAUUCUAUUUCUUCUUUUUUUUUUUUUUUAGUGUAAAUGCAUCAAUACUCGCAGUCUGGUGACGAAAUAUGUAAGACGAAUUUAUACUUUUUCGCUACCGUUCGUAAUAAUCGCGUUAAUAUGUUAGUUUCUUUCGUUGAGUUUUCCAUCUUCCGUUUGCAAUUAUUAUUGCGUUAUCGCUUGUACUUUCUUUCUUAAUUAAUUUACAGAUACAUUUGCAAUAUUGUAAUUCUUCAGUUGCCAUUUUCGAUGUUUUGUGAUUAUUACAACACUUUGCGAUAAAUUGUGAGAAAGAAAAUAGUUAUCUGUAUAAUGCUUAAGGGAGUUAUAUAUAAUGCGUGAGUCAAAUAAAGAAGUUAAUUUUACAUUA